AUGCCAUCGAUCAUUCAUCACCAAUUCUCUCCGAUUUCUUGUGAAAAACGACUGACGCCCAACUACAGUAUCCAGUAUGCAGAAGCCAUGUCCCUCUCAUUCGUCCUCAUUUCUCUCAUCAUCUCUGCUACAGUAUUCCUCUAUCCAUUGAGUUUGGGCAGUGCAAACAUCUAUUUCGUUCCCGGAUAUCAUAAAUCUUGA